AUGUGGUCCAUCUUGUUUACAUCGCUGUCCUGUGCAUGUGCGCUUUUGAGUGUCGCGAGUGCUGGACCUCCACACAGGGGGAAGGAUAAAGAUUUGGUCAAGAAGGUAACCUGCGGAGGCAAUACCUACAAGUACCAUGGCUUAGAGGGAUAUGGAUUCGUGCCGUCCAAUGCCGUUGACAAAUACGGCGAUACCAUGGGCGGAAUUGGUAGCUCCCUGGCUAUUGAGCCUUCUUCCUGGCAUAGGAGGAAAGAUGGCACAUAUGAAGGGAUCGCUUGGGCGUUACCGGAUCGUGGAUGGAACACCAAUGGGACUCUAAACGUCCAGUCACGUAUCCAAAAGCUGUCUCUCUCCUUCAAGCCUAACAAUAAAGCAUCUGUGAAAAGGCCUUCUAAGCCUAAUCUCCAAAUAAAGCACCUAGACACCGUGCUUCUUACAGGACCCGACGGAACCCCCACCACCGGCCUCGACGCAGAUGCCACCGGCUUCAUAGAAUUUCCCGGGUUUCCGCCCUUGCCGGGAGCUACAUACACCGGUGACGGAUUCGGCAGCAACGAAGGACCAGGCGGACAUCGCAUCAGUAUGGAUACCGAGGGACUUGCCCUUGGCAGCAAUGGAACUUUCUGGAUAUCUGACGAAUACGGACCGUAUGUCUAUCAAUUCACACGUCAGGGUAAAAUGAUCCGAGCAAUCCAACCGCCCGAAGCAUAUCUCCCGCGUCGAAAUGGAAGUCUCAGCUUCAGUGCCGCCUCCCCACCAAUCUACGACCCGGAGCAGAUGCCCGUACCUAAAGACACGGAAUCGGGACGAAACAACAACCAAGGCUUCGAGGCGCUGACAAUCUCGCCAGACGGUAAGAACCUGUUUGUCAUGAUCCAGUCAGGUUUGAAUCAGGAGGGCGGCCCAAAAAAGAUAAAUCGGAAACAGGCCCGGCUCCUAGAGUAUGAUAUUUCGGGCUACAAAGUGCAGUACACGCACGAGUACGUCGUCACGCUCCCAACGUACCCAGAUAGGUCUAAAGGGGACCAGGAGGAGUCACGUAUUGUUGCAUCGCAGUCGGAAAUCCACAUGCUACCCAGCGGAGACUUCUUGAUUCUAUCGCGGGACUCCGAUUCCGGACACGGGCAGGCUGAGUCUCGCUCUGUCUACCGGCAGGCGGACAUUUUCGCAAUAACAAGCGACACGACAGAUAUCAAGUCGGAGAAAUAUGACGCAGCUACUGGCUCCAUUGCGUCAAGCGACGGGGAGUUGAAUGACGGGAUUGAGCCAGCUGAGUAUUGCGAAUUUAUCGAUUAUAAUCUCGAUUCAGAGCUGGGGAAGUUCGGCUUGCACAAUGGAGGGGAGCAAGACAAGAUGCUGCUGAAUGAGAAAUGGGAGAGUCUAGCUCUGGUUCCCGUUGAUGAGCGGGAUUGUGUUAGGAAGGGUUGUGGUCGUGGUUAUGGAAAGGGGAGAGAGAAGGAGUACUUCUUGAUUAGUUUCAGUGAUAACGACUAUACCACCCAAGAUGGCCAUCUUAACUUUGGAAAAUUCAAGUACGCGGAUACAUCCGGCUUCGAUCUUGAUGUCCAAGCUUUGGUGUUUAGGAUCUCGUUUUAAGACAGGACUCAGCACUAUCCCUCUGUGAUUAGCAAUGUCUAGUAUACGUUGUUAUAUAGUGGAAUGUAAG